AUGCCAGGCUUCCUCGAAGUCUUUGGGUAUUAUUCAGAAGACCUAGGAAGAUGGAACAUCGAUCCCACCGUACAACAAUUGAUCUCGUCGCUGAUGACCAUCGGAACAUUUGUUUCCUCGUUGAUGGUCGGCCCUUUCAGUGCAAAAUUCGGUAGAAGGCAUGGUCUCUGGGCAGCGACCUUCCUCAACUACGUUGCCACGUCUAUUCAACUUGGCACCACAAGCAAAGCCGCCCUCUAUGUCUCUCGUCUUAUUCUGGGCAUCUCUGUUGGAUGGUUCUUGACCUUCGCGCAGCUCUAUGUCCACGAGGCUGCGCCCGCACACUUGCGAGGUAUCGUUUUCGCCGUCUAUCAGAGCAUGCUGUCAAUUGGCUCUAUUGUUGGAGCAACAGUCGACUACGGUACCCACUCCAUCAAAGGUAGACAGGCUUACCAGAUCCCGCUGGCUAUAUUCUUCGUGGCCCCAACUCUGCAAGCCAUCUUGAUGUUCUUCUUUGCCCCAGAAUCCCCCAGAUGGCUCAUGGUGCAGCGCAGAGAACAGGAUGCCGAGGCUUCUUUACGUCGCCUGAGAGGCUCCAAAAUUGACGAACUUGAGUUUCAGGCAGAAUUCAAUGAGAUCCGCCAGUCGACUCGUGAACAAUUGGAGCAGAACAAGAAAUAUCUUUUCUUGGAAAUGUGGCGCGGAACCAAUCUUCGUCGUACUCUACUCUCGAUCGCGGUGGUGUGCUUUCAUGCUGCUAAUGGGUCGAGCUGGAUCAAUAUCUACACCACAUAUUUCUUACAAAUUGCUGGAGUCAAAAAACCUUUCGAAUACUCCGUUCUCGUCACAUGCACUGGUUUGCUCGGCGUAAUCUUCAGCUUCUUCUUUGUCCGCCUUGUCGAUCGACGAACUGUAAUGCUCAUCGGUGUUACUGCGUGCGGGAUCUGUCAACUUAUCCCUGCGAUCGCAUGGACGAAGGAUCCUGGCUCAGAGAAUACAGGAAGAGUGGUUGUUGGCUUUAUUGCUCUAUUUACCUUCUUCUACGUCGCUUACGCACCGUAUGCAUGGCUCCUAGGUGGCGAAUACGUGAACAAUCAAAUGCGAGCGUUCACAUUUGGCUUCGCCACGGCACUCAAUUUCCUCGGCAAUUGGAUGGGCACCUUCACAGCACCAUACUUCAUCAACCCUGCCAAGCUCGCCUGGGGCCCUCAGUACGGCUACAUAUGGUUCGGCUCCAACAUGAUCGUCGCCGUCUUCACGUGGUUCUUCUUACCUGAGACGCGCGAUCGAACCCUCGAGGAGAUCCAUGAGAUGUUCGAGGCCAAAUUACCUGCGCGAGCUUUCAAGAACUACGUCUGUGUUGGCGUUGAAGGUUAUGCGGCCGAGGCAAUGGGCAAAGAUCUACAUAUGCGCAAGGAAGCUGGUGCGGCUGCGCAUGUCGAAGAGUUGACCGAGCAGAAGACUACGCAGGCAGAUUUGAACCAGAGUAAGGUGUGA